UUAGCCGAGAAAAGGAACCGGUGUUUUACUGGAUCGCAGAAUCAAUUGGAUUCGCCGAUUUGGGGCGAAGAGGGUGGCGCCGCCAUGUCGGGUCGCUUGCUGAGGCGAGUCCUGAAGGAGCGGGAUGAGAAGACGAUUGCCUUCCCCGAUCCUUACACCGAAGCCAGCACCGUUGACGAUGAGGAUGAGGAUGAGCAAUCCAAUUCCACGGCUGCGACAGGCAGACUCACAAAUCCCUUUGAUCUCCUCGACGGCGAGGAGGAUGAUCAACUUCAAGACCAGUCGCAUGAUACCACUGUAAAAGAACCUACAGCCAGGAAACCUGCUGGGACUGUUCCGUCUUCUAAUCAGAAAUCAAAGAAAAAGAAGAAAAAGAGCAAACAGAGCUCAAAAGCAGAAGAGUCGAUUGACUCCAUUCUAGAAGAGCUUUCAAUCAAUACAAAAGCAUCUGGCAAUAAUAGUUUGCGUGAAAAUGCCAAUGAAGUUCACUAUAGUGGCAAGAAGAAUGGCGUACCUUCGAUCUUAGUGGUUGAUCCAAAAUUUCUAAAAGCUGAGAAUGAGCUGCGGAAAAUAUUUGGUUCUAAAGUGGUCAACUCUUUUGAGAACCAACGCAGUGUUGGCAGUUCAAGACAAGUACAUGGUGCAAGACGUGCCAGCUAUAAUUUCAGGAAGACAUUUCUUGCUACUCCAUUAGGGCAUUGGCCUCGAUGGGAUAAUUCCUUGACUAUGGAGCUCCUAGAGACGAAGGAUGGGGUGCAAUAUUUUAGGUACGUGCACUCCCCAUCUUAUAAAUUUGCACAAGAAGCAUUUGAAAUGGCAAAAGCUGCAAAUGACAUAAAUGCAAUCGGCGCUGUCUUGGCACACAAUGCCUAUCAUAUAGAUGCUCUAUUAACCUUUGCUGAGUUGUUCAAGUAUUCUGGAGAACAUCAAACAUCUUCUGAGACAAUUGAAAAGUGCUUAUAUGCAUUAGAGUGUGCUUGGCAUCCACUCUUUACUCCCCUGCAGGGUAAUUGCCACUUGAAAUAUAACCAUGAUACAAACAAACCAUUAUUUUUAACCCUUUUCAGCCACAUGAGGAACAUGGACAGACGUGGAUGUCAUCGGUCAGCUUUGGAGGUUUGCAAACUUCUACUUUCACUAGAUUCUGAUGACCCGAAGGGAGCACUAUUUUGUAUUGAUUACUUCUCUAUUAGAGCACAAGAGUACCGAUGGUUGGAACAGUUUGUUGAGGAGUAUAGAUGUGACAACUCAUUGUGGUUGUUCCCUAAUUUCUCAUAUUCUCUGGCUGUAGCUCGUCUCCAUCUUGAGCAUGAGGACGACGCUAGUGGUGAUAAAGCCACAUCUACCGAUCUUAUGAAACAGGCCUUGAUGCUUCAUCCUUUGGUGCUCCAGAAACUAGUAGCCAAGGCACCUAUGAAGGAGGCGGUAUGGACCCAAAUACUGAAACACCCCUUUUUUGGUUCAGCAGAAGCAGGAAGCCCCUCACUUGAGCACCUGAUCAAUAUCUAUGUUGAAAGGAGUUAUAUUUUGUGGAGGUUCCCGGAACUGCAAAAACUAUUGAAGGAUGCAGCUUUUCUAGUGAUCGAAUCACUUAAAGAAAAUAAUAGUGAAGCCAGGGACUGGGAUUGUGUAAGGAAGGAAGCUUUCUCCUCUGAAAAGAAUGAGUAUUCACAUCUAAUGGUAUCCGAUUUCUCUGAUGUGAUUCCGACAAUCCCCCCUGAAGAAAUACGAGACUUCAUGGUUGGCCCUCCACAGUUGCAUGAGAUACAAGAUGCUGAAAGAGAGGCUAUCCCCGUGCGUGCCCGUGCUGCUCCGCGUGAGAUCAUUGGCCGCAACGCUGCAAUCGUCUUCCUCGAGUCGCUAUUACCUUGGGCUGACUACGGAGUCGACAGAAACAGAGAACCACAUGACCAUGACCAAAAUGACCACGGCCAAGAUCAACAGUAGAUCAGUUUGGUGGCCAGUGAUCUACUCUUCCUUUUGCUUUGUUUUGUAUCCUGAAAGGAGUUUUCCCCCUUUUUCUAAGCUUCAAAUGCUUUCAUUUUAUAUACCUUCCUUUUACUUUUGCUUGCAUGCAUCCUGUGUGUCUCGAUCAUGUCCUUGAUUUGGUAAGAUAGUGUUAGAAACGCAAGCUCCUCUAUAUAUUUUUUAAUCACUCGAAAUGAAUUUUAGUUUUGAUCAA